UGCUUAGUAAAUCGAAGAUCGAAAUCCGGAUAUAAAAGAGUCCAAUUGGCAUCAGAAUUUCACUCUCUCGACUGCAUCGCUACGCUCACUCAAUCUUCUUCUUCUUCUUCUUCAUCGCCACCCCCAAAAUCACUCUAAACUCACAGAUGGCUUCGAUUCCCCUCUCAUCAAUCUGUCCUUCAGCUGCUUUGUCAUUCCAAGAGAAGUGCAAGGACAAAACGAAGUCAAGUGUUUUGUUCGGGAAGGAAAAACAACCCCUCUAUAUGAAAACAAAGUCUCGUGGUCGAAUAACCAUGGCUGUAGCUGUCAACACUUCACGAUUUGAUAAUAUAACAAUGGCUCCUCCCGACCCUAUUCUCGGAGUUUCUGAAGCAUUCAAAGCUGACACAAGUGACAUGAAGCUCAACCUUGGUGUUGGCGCGUAUCGUACAGAAGAACUUCAGCCGUAUGUGCUUAAAGUUGUCAAAAAGGCUGAGAAUCUUAUGCUCGAAAGGGGAGAAAACAAGGAGUAUCUUCCGAUCGAAGGUUUAGCCGCAUUCAACAAAGCCACAGCUGAGUUGUUGUUUGGAGCCGAUAAUCCAGUUCUACAUCAACAGAGAGUUGCCACCAUUCAAGGUCUCUCAGGAACCGGGUCCCUUCGAGUUGCUGCAGCACUGAUUGAACGAUACUUUCCAGGAGCAAAAGUUCUAAUCUCAUCUCCAACUUGGGGUAAUCACAAGAACAUUUUUAACGAUGCUAGAGUUCCGUGGUCAGAGUAUCGGUAUUACGAUCCGAAAACAGUUGGCCUUGAUUUUGAUGGGAUGAUUGCCGACAUAAAAGCUGCUCCAGACGGAUCAUUUGUGCUUCUUCAUGGAUGUGCGCACAACCCAACAGGUAUUGAUCCGACUCCGGAACAGUGGGAAAAAAUCGCUGAUGUCAUUCAAGAAAAGAACCAUAUUCCAUUCUUUGAUGUUGCUUAUCAGGGAUUUGCUAGUGGAAGCCUGGAUGAAGAUGCAUCUUCUGUGAGGUUGUUUGCUGCACGUGGAAUGGAGCUUCUGGUUGCACAGUCAUACAGUAAAAAUCUCGGUCUUUAUGCCGAGAGGGUUGGUGCAAUUAAUGUCCUAUGCUCAUCAGCUGAUGCAGCUGUCAGGGUAAAGAGCCAGUUGAAAAGAAUCGCAAGGCCAAUGUACUCCAACCCGCCUGUUCACGGGGCUCGCAUUGUCGCAAACGUUGUAGGAAAUCCAGACUUUUUUAACGAGUGGAAAGAGGAAAUGGAAAUGAUGGCGGGAAGGAUCAAAAGUGUGAGACAAAAGCUGUACAAUAAUCUAUCUGCAAAAGAUAAGAGCGGGAAAGAUUGGUCUUUCAUACUUAAGCAGAUUGGCAUGUUUUCUUUUACCGGUCUUAAUAAGGCCCAGAGCGAUAACAUGACCGAUAAAUGGCACGUUUACAUGACGAAAGACGGAAGAAUAUCACUGGCUGGUUUAUCUGCUGCAAAAUGCGAGUAUCUUGCGGAUGCUAUCAUCGAUUCAUAUCACAACGUCAGUUAAUAACAGUCGCUGCAAAUUCAAAAAACGCCAUCAAUAAUUAGACAGGGUACCCUUGUUUAUUCAGUCUUGAUAUAAGUUUGCAGAAGUGUUGAAAUAAAGUGAACUUUUUGUGAGAAAACCCUUUCAGUUGAAGUUAUAUACAAGUUCUGGUUCUUCCCGUUGGGUUGGGGAAGGCUUGUGUUUUAAGAAAUUGUUUCUGUUGAUUUGAUUUUAACUGAUGUUUACGGGUGACCGGCAUCCGAAUUACCUACCGAUGCUUAAGUUUUUAGAGUGGUUAUGAAUGUUUUAGUUAUUUUGUUA